GUGUGUUGGGCUCCAAGAAGAGGAUGUGUAAAUUGAGUUGUUCUGUUAUCUCAUCAAUGCCUAACACAUCAAUAUAGGGAAUGAAAAUAUAUUAUUGAUCACCUUAUUCUAAAUAUUGCAUCUCUUUUUCUCUUUCUCUCCCUUUGCCUUCAGGUCCGUCUUGUAUGAUGACGACUGUCGUGUAGCCUGUUCUUCAUCCACCUAUCCAGUGCAAUGGAUGUGCACCUGCAGCUGGCAACGAUUGUCUGGCUGCUAGCCACGUUUCUCACACUCUGGUGUGAACAGGCCCUUGCAGAUGUUCCUCCGCAACUGAGGAGAGAGCCUACCUCAAAACCCGUCCGCCCUUUCAGCCGCGUCAAACUACGAUGCAGCGCGCACCCCAAGGAAGCCACCAUCACGUGGAUGUUGGAUGGUGUCACUAUUAUGGACUUUCCAAACAUUGCCAUCAAUGGCGGCACGUUAUUGAUUAGAAACUUUGAAAGCGAUGAAGGGAGUUUUUCCCACGUCGGGGACUACCAGUGUGUCGCGACUACGGGAGUAGGGAGUGUCGUCAGCAGGGUAGCGAGAUUAGAUGCAGCAUAUAUAAAGAAAUUUACAGAGAAACCUCCUUCGGAAGUAUUAUCAUGGCAUGGAGAAGUUGGAGUUAUACCUUGUACAUUACCAGAAAGCAAACCACCCGCCAGGAUGGAAUACGGCUUCAAGAACAAAUGGAUAACUGAAAGCACAGAACAUUACAGGAUAAUGCCAUCAGGAAACCUUCACAUCCUCAACGUAUCAUCAAGUGAUGCUGGAUUCUACACCUGUUCAGCGGUCAACCCUACCACCAACAAGAGAUUAUCACCCAGGAACGGAACGUUAUUAGAAGUUCGGCAAGGAGAACCAGAAGAGGCACCAAGGAUAGCAUACUCCAGCGGUCUGGUCGUCUCCCGUGGUAACCCGGCCGUGUUGGAGUGCGUCAUCACCGGCGGUCACCCUGCAUCCAGUAGGGUCAGGUGGGAGAAGGUGACCGGUGACCUCUCGUCGGAGGUCAGCGAGCGAGACGGUAGCCUGGUCAUCCUUUCUGCUGCGGUUGAGGACGACGGUUUGUACGUCUGCAUCGCGGAGUUCAACAGCGUUGAGGUGGACAGGCAACUGGUUACACUAGAAGUCACCAAAGCGCCUUCUAUCCGCACUGGUCCGACCGAUGCUGUGGCUAGCAUUGGAAAUCCAUCUCAGUUCAGCUGCUCCAUCAGCCGUGCCUUGCCCGAGGAUAUCCAAUGGUUACAUAAUGCUAAGAACAUCAGGGUGGAUGGCAACAAGUAUUCACUCAAUGGUCGUACACUGACUAUCAAUGCUGUAGGGCUGGAAGACCUUGGCAUGUACCAAUGUCUGGUAAACACAGAGGAAGGAAGCACGCAAGCUGCUGCUCAACUCAAGGUGUCAGCUGGAUUCCCCUCUGUUGUGGAGCCGCCCAUGAACACCUCCGCCAUCGAGGGGGAGAUGGUGUACCUCUCCUGCCGGGUGAGGGGCGAACCAUUACCCCUCGUAACUUGGGAGGAUCCUAGGCAUAGCUAUGUGUUUAACACCGAUAAAACCUUCAUUUCAGAAGAUUCAGGAGGACUAACAGUGUUCAAGGUAGACCUGAAUGAUGUAGGCUGGUAUACCUGCACCGUCUCAAACAAACAUGGCGUGGUCAAAUCAUCGGCAUACCUCUCUGUACUAGAGAGGGUAACGACCACCUCCACGACCCCUACCCAGGGGGUGAUUGGUCCCCCUUUCUCUGGAGCUAUCAGUGAUUCCGGUAUCACGACCAUUGUGGAUAGUACUGGAGAAGCCAGCAUUAAACCAGGACCACCUCUUGAACCGCCAAGCAAACCUCAGGUCGUUAAGAUCGCCAAGACAUCGGUUGAGGUGAGCUGGACGUACAACAAUGCCGGUAACAGUGCACCAAUCACAGGCUUCACGGUACAGUACAUUGACCUGAGGAGUAUGGAAGGAUGGAGAACCGCUUCCAACACCAUCGGUCCUCAGCGCCGAUCCUACCAAGUCACCAAUCUAGAACCAAGCAAGAUCUACAGGUUCAGGGUAAUUGCUUCAAAUCGUUAUGGAGAGAGUCCUCACAGCGAGAUGUCCAAUCGCAAACUUCUUGAGAGUGCCGUCCCUGUCGUCGCCCCGAAGAGGGCGCCAACGGUAUCACCACGGAUCAUGGAAUGCGUACCGGAGUCAUCCACCACUAUUAGAGUGGUGUGGGAGUACCCCUCGACUCCUGGAAUAACCAACGAGGAGACGGAAGGCUUUUAUGUCUACAUCCGUAACUUUGACAGCGACGACGACCGCGACUACGUGAGGACGCCCAUCAUCGGUGACUACGUCAGGAGCUAUCUCAUAGAGAAGCUUGAACCGGAAGAAAGCUAUGAUAUCAAGGUUGAGAGUUUCAAUAGCGCGGGGGAGAGUAAGGGGAGCAAUGUCAUCAUCAGAAGUACCCUAGCCCGUGAGACGGAGCCCCCUCCCAUCAUCAUACGCCCCUCCGUGCCCGGCCACCCGAUGGACCUCAACCCCCACAUCCCCUACAUCGUCGACGACCCCACCCUGGCCCCUCCCCACCCCCCUCGGGGACAGAGUGAGGACAUUCUCUACAUCACCCUGGGGGUGGUGCUGGGGGCGAUGUUACUCGUUCUCAUCAUGUUUGCUGUCAUGUGCGUCUGGAGAGCGAAGCAAGUCAACAGGGACUCAAAUGGACCUGUUCACUGGAACAACCAGCCAAUGUACGAUGGUAGCUUUGCCUAUCUGGAGGGUGCCAAGUAUCCUUAUGUGAACGGCAAGCUAAACAGUAACCACAGUGGGCCCAAUGGAAUGGCUGGCAGACACAACCCAUACAGUGAAACCAAUGGUGGAUCCAAGCCCAGGCCUCUCUAUACACUCCCUCAGGAUACUUUGGGAGGUACCCCUUACAUUCCUUGCGGUACCAGUAGCCUACACCAUGACUCGGCGCCUGAGACGUCUACAGUACCAUACGAAGACCACCAACUGUACACCACCGCCCCAUCCACCAACCAUCACAGUUACAACAGCCUAACCAAUGGUAGCAUUAGGAGCCACCAUACGACGUCCAAUCACGAGUUAGGCCAUGCCCCACCAGCGGGAGUACCACCGGGGGCGCCACCACGGCCGGUGUGCCAGAUACGGGUCAAUCCACGGUUACAAAGGGAGGAGGCAGGAGUCGGAAACGGGAGGAUAACAGUGCACGAUCGGCCCAAUAGGACCGAGGGCAGUAGAGAAGGCAUAAAUGGUAAAGAUACGGGGUCAUUGACCCUCAGCUUACCCACAAUGCCUCCUGAUCUGUACGUCCACACACCGCCCUCGUUGUCCCCCACCCACUCGAGAGUCUGCUGUGAGGCUCACGUCCCUUCCAGGUCAAGAUCGGCCUCCAGCCAAUCAGAGGCUUCGUCUCAGCAAAGCUCCAACCAAUCAGAGUCCACCUCCCAUCAUAGCUGCAACCAAUCACAGCUGUCGUCACAUCACAGUAGCAGCUCGAAAAUUACCGAUGUCUGAUGCCCCGCCCUUUUUUUACCACCCUUCCCACCCAUCCCUAUUUUGUAUGUUUACAAGUAACAAUCAAACUGCCCCAAGUUUAUGUAUAGGAUGUGUAGAUGUCAAUGCCAACCAGUUUAGCUUCAACCUUAGGUCAGUGAAUUCUUUUCUUCUUCUUUCCCAUUUUUGUAUGGACUAGACUCAAGAGUACUUUAUCCUGGGGUGCGUUUCACAAAGCCUUUUUUCAAUGACAAAACUCAGUGACAAUUCUGCUGAUAACCAAUCAGAAGCAAGGAUUUCAGUAGCUUAUAACAACAAAUGUCAUUUGUCGAUGAUGACAAGUUUUGUGAAACACCCCUCAGUUCUCCACUACAACGUCCUUUUGCCAGGCAAUUGUUCAAAGAAUCUUGUUAUAGCAAUUCCCUUCUCUAUGUGAAUCUCUUUUGCUGCAUUAGGUGUUCCCAUUUAUAUCUACACAUCUUCCUACUGUGUGCCUUUGUAUGCGUUUUUGUGUUUUGUACUGAAAAGUAAUAAUAUUUUUCUGGGUAUAUAUUUUUUAAAUGAGAAUUAAACCUGUACAGUACAUAAAGUUGAAAGCUAUUCAUUAGAUCGUUCUCAUGCAAGAAAGAGAGAUUAUAAUUUGUAUUAUGCUAUAAUGCAAAGUGCUGUAUAAAUGGUAAUGUGUCGUUU